AUGUUCGCUGGACAACAACAAUAUUUUAAUCAUCAUGGAGGUUUUGGUGGUGGUAGUUUUGGCGGUGGCGGUUUUGGUGGUGGUGGCUUUGGAGGUGGAGGUUUUCCAGGAAGCUUUGGAAGUUACGGUGGCAGUUUCGGUAGUCCAUUUGGUGGUGGUUUUGGUGGACAAAGCUAUGGAGGUUUCGGUAGUGGCUUUGGACUUGGUGGUGGUGGUGGUGGUUAUGGAUCACCUUAUGGAUAUGGUUUUUAG